AUGGUUGAUUCUAUUGCGCGCAUAACCUCAGCUCUGGAAUCAGCGCGCGAAUUGACCCUUGAGGCCGCAGCUGUGGCUAGUUCGCGGUUUGGAGAAACGUCUUAUCAUCGCUACUCGCAGCAUAUAACUCCCGAAGGACUCCGUUCACUGCUAAACUCCCGUAAUGAUAGAGAAGUCCGUGAUGGUAUGAAAAAAGUCGCUUCACUGCUCGCUUCAGACAGCGAAAAUGUUGAUCUGGAAUCGUAUUUCGCAGACGUAGUCAAGAAUAUCGGUUCGUCAACCGAUAUCAAAGUUAAGCGACUUGUCUCGAUUUACCUGCUUAGAUACGCAGAAAAACAGCCCAAUCUGGCUCUUCUGGCCGUCAAUUCCAUACAGAAAUCAUUGGCGGAUUCAGACCCUCAGUCUCGUGCGCUGGCCCUCAAAAUGCUUUCCGACAUCAAGAUUCCAUCAUUGUACCCAAUUGUUCUCCAUUCUGUCAAAAAGGCAAUUACAGACAGUGCACCAGAAGUGCGUUGCUCUGUCAGUUUUGCGCUUCUUAAACUCUUUCGCGAGCAAGGCGAACAUGUCGUUGAGGAGAUCAGUCCUCUCCUAAAGGACUUGCUGGCCGAUUCGGACAUCACGGUUGUAUCUUCUGCAAUUGUGUUGCUCAAGGAAGCAUUUCCUGAUUCGUUAGAACUUCUCCAUGGUCACUUCCGCCGCUAUUGCGACAUCUUGCCGCAAAUCACACAAAGUUCGCAGGUCUACUUGAUUGAUUUGCUCACUGAAUACUGCAAGAAGUAUGUUCCCAGGCCCGUUUUAACAGAUUCGUGUGAUUCAUCACAAACUCAAAUUCUUCCAGAGGCCUUCAAUGCAAUUCCCUUUGCGACUUACGAUGUUACAUUUGAUCCGGACAUGGAGCUUUUUCUACAAGCUAUUCGGCAAAUGCUACAUUCUCCAAACCCGGCUGUUAUUGUGUCAAUUAGCAAAGCAUUAUUUGAGCUCAGUCCUCCCGUGAGCUUUAAGAACUCAAAAGUCACUGAAGUCCUGGCAAAACUUGUCAGUGUACCAUCUCUCGCGAAUGACAAUGGAAUCAUCUUGCAAUGUAUUUUGAUGUACUGUGCUGUGGACCCAACAACUUUUUCUAUGUUUCUGAAGAAAUUCUUCCUGUUUCCCAGUGACGACACCCCUACAGCGAUUUACAAGCUCAAAAUCAUCGCUGCGUUGAUCAAUCACAGCAACGUCAAACAAAUUGUGCCAGAACUGAAAUACUACAUCUUAUCUGACCAGAGGCCUUCGGUUGUACAGGAAGCACUGAAUUCUCUUGCGGUCUGUGGUCAACUAUCCCAGAGCUUGUCGCUACAUAUAACCAAGUGGCUACUUGCUGGGAUGGCAAACACUGAUAAAUCGUCAACUCUCGAAGCUUACGUCAGCUUCAUCAGGUUCUUGAUUCAAGAAUAUCCCUCUCAACAUUUAGGCACGAUGAUUCAUCUGAUCAAGGCGCUCCGAACUGAAAGUUCCCUAUCAGGUUCCGCUAAAGCUGGUAUUAUAUGGCUUUUUGGAGAAUUUACCACCAUCAACUUUUCCAUAUGUCCUGAUGUUCUGAGAAUUAUAACACCCAGCUUUUCUGCAGAGUCCAGAGAAACCAGACUGCAAACAGUUUUACUAGCAGCAAAGAUUUUGUCUUGUGAUCUUGAGAACUUCAAGGCCAAAGGAGAGAGCGUUGAUGAAGAAUAUGAAUUUGAAAACUCCAGGGUAGCUCAAUUGGCCCAGGCAGUUUUCUAUUUAGCCAAAUUUGAUGACGAUUUUGACAUUAGAGAUCGCGCAAGACUUUUCUCUUCCUUAUUUGAUAAGCAGAAAUUCGAAGUCGCUUCUUUACUUCUGCAGGCACCAAAACCAGCUCCAAUAUGUUGCAUGACUUUGGAUAUCCCGACGAAGGUUGAUGCCGCUAGUAUGGCCCGCCUAGGGCUCGAUCAUGAUAUGGAAGACUACCUCCUCUCAUCGCCUUGGGAGUGUGAGCAAAGUGACAUAAGUGCUGAACUAAGGAAACCGGCUGACCUUAAGGACUACGAUAGGUUCAAGACCAGUUUUUCUUCUGCUUCAUUUUUCAACGGCAAUAGUAAUCGUGAUUCAGCUCAUGGUAAAGCGGAUAACACUAGCAACACGCCCGCCGCAUCGUCGCGAGUUUUUACCUCCUCUGUGGGCAAAAAAUACCAGCUUCAAAGCUUAGAUGAAUUCUUUUCCGAAAUACCUUCAAGACCGCGUAAUUCGGUUCGCAAGGUGAUGGUGGAAGAAGAUAGUACGACAACUGAAGAAGAUACAUCGGAAGAAAGCACAUCCGGGGAGGAAAGCUCCGAAAAUAGUACAUCUGACGAAGAUAGCUCCGAAGACAGUUCAUCGGAAGAGGAGGAGGAAAAUAGCAUGGGAAGUAAGUCGCUGCAUGUGUUGGAGGUGAGUGAGUCCUUGUAG